AAAAACUCCACAAAAAAGCAUUUGAAGAAAAAAAAAUGGAUUCUUCCUCCUCUUCUAUAUCUUCUUCUUUGGAGAUUUUGAUAGCAACUUCUUGCGUACUCGUAGUUUCUUUCUUUCUUCUAAAGAUACGUCAAAUUCUUGCAAAACGCAACAAACUUCCAUAUCCACCAGGACCAAAACCAUGGCCAGUUGUUGGAAACUUACCUCACUUGGGUAUGGCAGUGCAUCAAAGUCUAGCAGCUAUGGUUAAAACAUACGGUCCUAUUAUAUAUCUGCGUUUAGGAUCUGUUAACGUAGUUGUUGCUUGUUCAGCAUCUAUUGCUUCGCAGUUUCUGAAGACCCAUGAUUCUAAUUUCUCAAACAGACCACCAAAUUCUGGUGCUAAACAUAUUGCUUAUAAUUAUCAAGAUCUUGUUUUUGCUCCUUAUGGUCGUAGAUGGCGUAUGUUUAGAAAGAUAUGUGCUGUUCAUGUGUUCUCCGGCAAAGCUCUCGAUGAGUUCCGGUACGUUCGUGAGGAAGAAGUAGCUGUGCUGACAAAAGCAUUAGCAAAAUCAAACAAAAAUGGCCAGGGCAGUCCAGUGAACCUAGCAGAUUUGCUAAAUGUAUGCACAACAAAUGCUUUAGCCAGAGUUCUAUUAGGGACAAGAGUAUGUGGAGAUGGUGAAGGUUAUGCUGAUCAAAAAUCACAGGAAUUCAAAGAAAUGGUAGUUGAAGUUAUGGUAUUAUCAGGUGUUUUUAACAUUGGUGAUUUUAUACCUUCAUUAGAAUGGUUUGAUUUACAAGGUGUUGCAUCUAAAAUGAAGAAUUUACAUCAGAGAUUUGAUGCAUUUUUAACUAAGAUUAUUGAUGAUCAUAAAAUCAAUGCUGCUUCUAAUGAAAAUUGUACUGGGUCUAAAAAUUCCGAUUUGCUGAGUAAAUUGAUUGGUUUGAAAGAGGAUGUGGAUGGUGAAGAAUGGAAGCUAACCGACACUGAUAUUAAGGCCCUUCUGUUGAAUUUAUUCACGGCAGGUACAGAUACAUCUUCGAGUACAGUGGAGUGGGCUUUGGCAGAGCUAAUUCGACACCCUAAUAUUCUAGCCCAAGCACAGCAAGAAUUGGAUUCUGUUGUGGGUAAAGACCGACUCGUGUCCGAAUCCGAUCUAAACCAACUUCCAUACCUACAAGCCGUAAUCAAAGAAGCGUUUCGUCUUCAUCCAUCAACGCCACUUUCCCUUCCACGGGUUUCCGUUGAAGAUUGUGAGAUUGAUGGGUACUUCAUUCCGAAAAACACCACUCUUCUCACUAAUGUAUGGGCUAUCGCUCGUGAUCCGUCGAUGUGGCCUGACCCGUUGAGAUUCGAACCCGAACGGUUCUUACCCGGUAGCGAAAAGGCCAAUGUUGAUAUCAAGGGAAAUGAUUUUGAAGUUAUACCGUUUGGAGCUGGACGACGGAUAUGCGCCGGUUUGAGUUUGGGAUUGAGGAUGGUGCAGUUUAUGACUGCUGCUUUGAUUCAUGGUUUUAACUGGGAGUUACCAGAAGGUCAAGUGAUUGAGAAAUUGAACAUGGAUGAAGCUUAUGGGCUUACACUGCAAAGAGCUUCACCUUUAAUGGUUCAUCCUAAGCCAAGAUUGGAAGCUCACGUGUAUAGUGCCAUCAAAUUUUAGAUCUCGGGAUCAACUUGCACUUAUCUAUGAAUCCCUAAACACUCGAAAAUGGAACUUGCUAUGGGGUUUGUAGCAGUAGCAUAGUUUGUGUCUGGGAUGUUAUUUUUCCUUGUUUUUUUCGCUUUGGAUCCGUCAAAAGAUGUCAUCUUAGAACCACUUGAUAAUGGACCUUUCUAUGGGUAGAUUCUAAAACUGCUGCCCAAAGUAAUAGCUAAUUUAAGGUAUUUUAGAGCAGGAAAAAUAAAUGUCUAUCUAAAAACUUGGUUUUUAUAUCUGUAAUAGGUAAUUGAAGUGUUUGUUUUCUGGUACCGCUGAUAGUAUUGUUUCCAUGAGUUACAAGAAAUGUGCAUAGUCGUUUGAUUUGAA